GAUUCACACUUUCACUUUCAUUGAUUGACAACAUUGCACAAUCGAGUUCUUUAUGACCUUGAAUGAUGACUAUGUCUCUCUUGAUUAUCCAUACGCAUGGUCACUAGAUUCCGAGCUUUCCCUUGAUGCAUUUCUCACAAAAUACAAGCCAUCGAUGGUUCAGGAUGAUGGAACCAAACCCUGGCUGUGGGUGAACAAGUCUGCGCCGGCAAUGGAAGAUUCCAAAAGGGAAGUCGCUGUAGAGGAAGCCACAAAACUUUUGAAGGAUGUGACUGAACGCGUCGAGGACAUCAAGAACGACGAGUCAAUUCCUGUACGCGCUAACAAGAAGAAAGGCACAAAGAGCAAAAAGGAAGUGCGCGAAGCAGUUCAAGGCGAAGCCACGGAGAAGCUCAAGGACAUUUCCAUCAGACAUGGAUUCGUCGUAGGGAAAUGGCUCAUAUUUGCUCCUACGGACAAGGUGGAUCUCGUGUGGACCACCAUUGCCACGUCCCUCAUCUCGGGCCCGUUAGCCUCGACAAGCGUCUACUCGGCCAAGGUUGCGACUUGUCCUCGAAAUGAGACGCCUAAUCACUCGCAUGUUCUGUGUCUGUACGUCCCCGAUGUCUACAACAAGACAGAUGUCACCGAAAUUAUGAGAAUUCUAUUGGAAAAACACGGUAUGAAUCUCAUGGGUGUGAAAUCGGACCUUUACACCGCGAUAGGCCUUGACAGCAAGCAUGCAAGCGGCAUCCCAUCCACGGUUUGGAAAAAUACAGCGCUGCUGCCAGAGGCAGAAAUUAAGAAACUGAAGGAAGAGUUCUUCGCAAACUUGAAUGCUAGCAAGGCUGCGGCCACAGAGACGGCCCCUGUGGAGAAGAGGAGCCAGGAUGCCAAACCCAAGCCGAAGCUCAAAAAGAAAGUGGAAGACGAUCCGUUCGAGUCCUCUGACGAUGAUGAUAAAGACAUCGCGAAGGCCAAGGUCCAAAAACAGGCCCCUCGAAAACCCAAGCCUACGCUGAAGAAGAAGCGGAGCGAAGAUGCUUUCGCAUCAGAAGACGAUGCAGAAAGCGACGAAGAGGAGGAAAAGCGGAAGCAGCAAGUCGCAGCAAAGAAAGCGCCUGCGAGCAAGAAGGCUAUUGCUCGCAAGCGAGCAAAGGAGGUCAGUGACGACGACGAUGAUGGUGAAGACAAUCGGCCGAAAAAGAGAUUGGCAAGGAAGUAACUAUGAUUUGAGGUCCUCUCGACGGAGUUAUUGUCACGACUACACAUUUUACCUAUCUAUCGCGUCUUUCUAUUAUGUUAAUAUACUCACGGCAUAUACUUUGCGCUAUGCA